AUGUCUAAUUACACAGAUUUAAUAAGUAAAAUUGGCAAAGAUAGUUCAAGAGCUGCAUGUAAAAAGUGUGGUUACGCCGGACAUCUUACUUUCCAAUGUAGAAACUUUAUAAAAGUAGACCCAAAUAAAGAAAUAGUACUAGACGUAAGUAGUACUAGCAGUGACAGUGAGCAAGACUAUGCAACUCCACUGCAAAGUUUGCGGGAAGCUGAGCUCAAACAAAAGUUGGAGGAAAAAUUGAAAAAAGCAAAGGCAAAGAAGAAGAGUAAAAAAAGAAAAAGAGAGAGAUCGUCUAGUACAUCAUCUAGUUCUUCAGACAGUAGUUCCCACAAAAAGAAGAAGAAAAAGAAGAAAUCUAAGAAGUCUCAUAAAGAAAAAAAGAAAAAUAAGAGCUAG